CUCACUUUUAAAGCACCCCUACUAAUCUCUUUCUCUGCCUUCUUAGUUCCCUGCACGUACACAUUUUUUACAUAUUAGAAAAUAUGGAGUCCAGUAACACAACAAUCAACAGCCUCAUCACCACCACAACGCCCCCGUCUCCAGACUCCGUAUCUCCGCCGCGUAACUCUCCAUCUCCACCACGAGUGGUGGUCACACCUUGUGCUGCCUGUAAGAUAUUGCGGCGGAGAUGCGCGGAGAAAUGUGUGUUGGCACCUUAUUUUCCUCCUAAUGACCCCAUCAAAUUCACCACUGCUCAUCGUGUUUUUGGUGCUAGCAAUAUUAUCAAGUUCUUGCAGGAAUUGCCAGAAUAUCAAAGAGCAGAUGCUGUAAGUAGCAUGGUGUAUGAGGCUAACGCUAGGAUGAGGGAUCCAGUCUAUGGUUCUGCUGGGGCGAUUUGUCAACUUCAAAAGCAAGUAAAUGAGCUUCAAGCACAAUUAGCCAAAACACAAGCUGAGCUUGUCACUAUGCAGUGCCAACAUGCUAAUCUCAUGGCCUAUGUUUACGUGGAAAUGGGACAAUCUCCACCAACAUCACCCCAACAAUCUUUGGACAAGUUCACCAAUAGUACUACACAUAGCACCUUCCAUAAUAACAUCAAUUUCUUAGACGAGAACAACAAUUAUGGGACCUUAUUGGAAACUCUUUGGACAUGAUUAAACAGGAAGAUAUAUAUGUUCCUCAAAUCGGAACAUUUGCUCAUCGAGGCAGAUCUAGAACGUAAAUUGAAUUGACUCACCUUUGAGUUCUUACUAUUGAAUUCAUUGCACUUUUGAAUUAUGUUAUAGGUUAUGUUAAGGUUUUAAUUUUAUUUUAUAUAUCAUACUUCGUGUCAAAUGUACUGAGUGCAACUUAAACCGGGGUCCAUCUGCCUCUGUGUUUAUAGUCAUCGGAGCCAAAUUUAACCCCCUACAGAAGAUUAUAGUGAAGGAUAACAAAAUUGUAAUAUAAUAAGAACGAGAUCUUGAUAGAUAUUUUUAUAAUGCUACUCAGUUUAAUUUAUGUGAAGAAGAUAGUUGUUCCUGUUCUUA